CAGGCCGGUCAAGUCCAGGCAGAAGUGCAGCAGUUUUGCAGACUUCACUUGGAACAAAAACAAUGACUGGUUUUCUGCUCGGCUUUGUUGUGCUGUUUGGAGCCUCUCAUGCCUCUGACACGGUGGCUCCAGAUCAGCUCGGGCCGCCUUCGCUCGUGUUCAGCUCCUCGGUGCGCUCGGUGUGUAAACCUAUCCCGAGCACCCUGUCUCUGUGCCACGGGAUCGGCUACAGGCUCAUGCGGAUCCCCAACUUGCUCGGCCAUGAUUCGCUGAGGGAGGCCCAGCAGCAGUCGGCGGCCUGGCUGCCGCUCAUCUCCAAGCUCUGCCACCGGGACACCAAGAAGUUCCUGUGCUCGCUUUUCGCUCCGGUGUGUCUGUCGGAGCUCAGCGGGCCGGUCAGUCCCUGCAGGAGUCUGUGCGAGGCCGUGCGGGACGGCUGCGUACCCGUGAUGAGCGCGUUCGGGUUCCCCUGGCCCGAGAUGUUUAACUGUACCCGGUUUCCGCGAGGGACCGAACUCUGUAUCCCGGCAACCGGAGAGCAGGAGGGGCGGACGGCGGAGGAGGUGAAGCACGAGGAGGCGCUGAAAGGGAGUGUUAUCUGUGAUGCCUGUAGUCUGGCUGCUGAAGGAGAGACUGACAUUCAGGAAAACUUUUGCCACAGUCCAUAUGCAUUUAAGAUGCGUCUGGGCAGUGUGUCGACGGUGGGAGGGGACCGUCAGCUGGUGCCUAUGGCCCGCAGCCGCAUCCUGAGGUGGGCAGGGGGAGGUGCAGAGAGGGCAGAAGGGAUCGGAGGCGCAAUGGCCCACAGUGCUUUGUGGUUGCAAGAAGGAGGCACCUGUACUUGUCCUGGCUUAGACUCUGCAGACACAAACGAAGACAGUGGAUUAGAGGGGGAUGGAGGACAGAUGGAUAAGAGACAAGCUAAAGGAGGGAAGGACGGGAAUGGGGCCCAGGGUGGAUGGUACCUGGCCUUAGCUCAGGCUGAAGAGGGAAGGCUGGUGCUGACUCGGCUGGUGAGGUGGGCCAGAGGGGAUAAAGAGUUGAAGAAGUUUAUCAGAGGUGUCCUCAAACAGCCCUGUCCAGAGCUGUAGACAGGGAGUUAGCAACCACUGCAGGACAACUGUGUGCUGCUAAUAGCAACACUUUUAACAGUAAUGUACACAAAAUCCAGAGCAGUUACCAAAGAGUGAAUAAGGAACAGAUCAGGAAAGGAACAGUUCACACAUAACACUGAAUAAAUCACCUGAGUGUAGCUUUUUAGAUUCUAUGUAAAUGAGCCAGUGUUUAAAGGUCAGUUAACAGACAUCUGUAAAUCUACAUACUGGCUACUGUCUUGAUGAACUGUUCCUGAAUGCCACACAAUCAAUAACCAAUCAAAUCAUCAGUAGUAAGUUUAGAUUAUUUUGUAUAAUAUUGAGCUUUUACCAAAUUUAUCAUUAAAUCAUGAUCACCAUUAUUCAUCAUGUUUGUGUUCCCUCAGGUAAAAUUGAGCAUAUUUUUUUUUAUACCAAACUAACAAACAUAUGGCACAAAAAGGUUUAUAUAAUUUUAGAUGUGGCAAUAUUUGUGGUUUUUUAUUUUUUUGUGUACAUUUGUGUAAAUAGAAGAGACAAAAAGGUUUUGGUAAGAGACUAAUCUAAUCAUGUUUUCUAUUGUUACAUAAUCGAGUUGAAGCAGUGUAAUUGUUAUUCCUGUAAUGAUAAAAUAUUUUCUUAUACUGUGCUACCUAUCCUAUCACCACUUCGUAAUACUUUUAUACUUAUUAAACAUUCAAUUUUUCCCUUGAGUCUUAUUUUGUAAUUUUGUUUCAGAACAGCUCAUGUCUCAGUAGUUUGAUGGGUGAAAACACUUACGUGGAAAGACAAGGGAGUGAGUAUCACAUACUUAGAUGUUGUCAUCUCCAGUCAUGUCAAAAGAGAAGCACUGAAAUGAAAGUGAGGACAGGAAAUGUGAUGUGAUGUGAACAAUAAAUCAUUUAGAUUUGG